AUGAGCACCGAGCAGGGUAAAUCUGCUGGCAAAGAAAAAUCCAAGACACCAGUGAGAUUUUUACCACAUUUGUCUAUGGAUAAAUCAGCCAGCAAAGAAAAACCCAGGGCACCAGUAGGAAUUUUACCACAACUGUCUGCGGUGUGUUCAAAGCCCCAGUGGCAGCAAACAGCACCAUCAUUCCAUUUGAACAUAAAGCAGGAUGAUGAUAUCCCAGAACAGUUUAGUGUUACAAAUGAACAGUCAUAUGCUGAAUACAUGGAACGUUUUGGAAAAAAAGGCAAAAUACUAGACCAAAUUGAUGAUAGUAAUGCUGGACCAUCUACUUCCAAAUCAAAAGGCAAAACUCCAUAUAAAGAACGAGAAAAUUUUAGAAGCACCCUUGUUAAUGUUAUUAUGCAACAAGAUGCUGGUUUAGGUUCAACUACCCCUGAUGAAACCACAUUACCGAGAAUCACCACGUCCGCAGUAGAGAAAGACAUUUUGAGGUAUUACUACUAUAUUCACCAUGGAAUUGAUACAGAGCAUGUAGCCCCAAUGGAAGAUUCUUGGCUGGAACACGUAUUGGAUUUAGUUCCCAAACACCUCAAAAUCCUCACUGAUAGCAUACUUGUAUUGUCUGAUGAAAUGAGAGAAGAUUAUCUUCUUAGUGUAAAAAAAUCCAUAGUUGAUUUUGUUUUAAAAGAUCCUAGAGAAAAAGAAGAUGAAAAAAAGACUGAUGAACUUCUACCCCAUCGUGCCGAACUGGAAGUUCUGCCAAAACCUUGGAGGAAAUCUUUUCUAUCUGCAAGCAAUUACAUUAGGGAUCAUUUGAAUGCGAUGAACCCUACCAUGCUGGCUCUGCUAGAUUUGUGGCACAGCAAUUUUAAAAAAUUACGAUUAGUUGAUAUAGAAGAAUUUCAUAGUCGCCAGGAUGCACUUGAGCUGUCGAGCUUUCAGAGUAUUGCCAUGAGACACAUGGAAUCUGCCAAAGAGACUCUACUUAAAAUGUGGUUUCCAGAAGUGCAGAAUAUUUAUUACCAAGGUAAUAAAAAAAAGCAAUUGCCAACUGGUGACAGCAGUGCCAAAUUGGAAUCUUUUUUCAACUGUGCUGCUACACUUAUGACUUUACAGCUGCAGGGCCUCACUUUGGUCUCCAUGCAAGAUUUCACAGACUUAAUUGCACAACCCGCAGAUUCCAUCAGAGCCUUUGAACAUCCAGGUUUCAUCAUGAGACUGAUUCUUGAUAAUGACACCAUAAAGUUUGAACCUGAGUUUAAUGACUAUCGAGAUAUACUUCUAAAUGUUUAUGAUGUUAUGAUUAAGGCUGUCAGUUUUGUGCCAAGAGUUGAGACAAAAUUGUAUUCCAAAUGGGAAAGUAAAUCCCAACGGACAACCUUAAAGCCAAUAAUUCUGAAUGAAAUUGUGGAUGCUCACAAAGAGAAAAUUAAGAAAGUGAUUGAGAAAGAGAGUCUGGCACCUAAGGAGCACCUUCGACUCUACGACAAGUAUGAUUUUUUGGUUACCAAGAAAGCUGAGCAAGAUGUGGACGCUUUCCUUGCAGAAAAUCAUAAUUAUGAGAAGAUAAUAGAUGAAAUUCGCAAAUACCAAAAAUUAAUGGAGGAAAUACAGUACACAUCCAGAAAGACUGUUCGUCUAGGAAUGUUUGAAAUGCACUGUGAAGAAUUAAUCAGAGCUUUGGUGAAGCGAGCAGAUGUUAUCUGUGGGAAACUUAUAGCGAAGAUGUUCAGAGAUCACCAGGAAGUAAACACUAGAUUAUGUGAUGAAUUUGAGAGGAUAGCUGAAAAAGCUCUAAGCACUCCUCCAAACACAGCAGAACUGAUGGAAAUGAAGGCUUACAUUGAGAAAGUGGAAGCAAGUGACAUGAUCGAACUGGGACAGAGAUUAGUGGAUUCUAAAAACUGCCUCGCCUUCCUUAUUGAGUGUGCCAACUUUUCCCCAGCAGACAUUAGGCUAAAUAAUAAUGUUUUCCAGUGGUAUGGAAGAAUGGCAGAAAUUUUUGAUGAACACAGGAAAAUCGUCAAUGAGAAAACCGAACAGUACCAAGACGGUCUUAAGUUACGCUGUGAACGGUUUCUGGAGGAAUUGGAGAGUUAUUCUAAGCAGGCAGAAGAGUUUUGCACCUUUGGGGAUCUUCAGGAUGUCCAGCGAUACCUUAAAAAGGCUCAGAUACUGAAUGGAAAGUUGGAUGCAGCAGCAGACAAGAUUGAACAGUUUAAUAAUGAAGAGGAGUCAUUUGGUUGGCAACCAUCAUUAUAUCCUCAACGUAAAAAAAUCCAAGAUGGUUUGAACCCUUAUCUUCGUCUCUAUGAAACUGCUGUUGAGUUUGGCAACAAAUACAGAGGCUGGACAGAAGGACCGUAUAACAAAGUGAAUCCAGAUCAAGUGGAACUAGAUGUUGGAAAUUAUUGGAGAGGACUAUAUAAGCUGGAGAAAACCUUCCAUGACUCUCCAAAUGCAUUGGCAAUGACUAAAAAAGUAAGAACAAAGGUAGAAGAUUUCAAGCAGCACCUUCCUCUCAUACAAGUGAUCUGUAAUCCUGGCUUACGGCCCAGGCACUGGGAGGCCAUGUCCAACAUUGUCGGUUACCCCUUGAAGCCUGCAGAUGACUCUACUGUCUACUCUUUUUUAGAAAUGAAUCUGGAACCAUUUUUAGAUAGAUUUGAAGGUAUCAGUGAAGCAGCUAGUAAAGAGCAUUCUCUUGAAAAGGCCAUGGAUAAGAUGAUUACUGAAUGGGACACAAUGGAAUUUUUCAUUGUUGCAUAUAGAGAAACUGGGACAUUUAUUUUGUCAUCAGUUGAUGAAAUCCAGAUGUUGUUGGAUGACCACAUUAUUAAAACACAAACUAUGCGGGGAUCUCCUUUCAUUAAACCUUAUGAAACCCAAAUGAGGGAAUGGGAGGGCAAGCUCCUAUUGCUUCAGGAGAUUCUUGAUGAAUGGCUCAAGGUCCAAGCCACAUGGCUGUAUUUGGAACCCAUUUUCAGCUCUCCAGACAUUAUGUCUCAAAUGCCUGAGGAAGGCAGAAGAUUCAUAGCUGUGGAUAAGACAUGGCGCGAUAUAAUGAAAAGUGUCAUGCAAGAUAAACAUGUUCUGACAGUUGUGACUAUUGAUAGGAUGCUGGAAAGGCUGAAAAAAUGUGAUGAACUUCUGGAACUUAUUCUUAAAGGACUUAAUGAGUAUUUGGAAAAGAAACGUCUCUUCUUCCCCCGAUUCUUUUUCUUAUCUAAUGAUGAACUUCUUGAGAUCCUAUCUGAAACUAAAGAUCCCACUAGGGUACAACCUCAUUUGAAGAAAUGUUUCGAAGGUAUUGCAAAGGUGGAAUUUACAGAAAGUUUAGAUAUUACUCACAUGAAGAGUACUGAAGGAGAGGUUGUGGAACUCAUAGAGAUCAUUUCAACAGCCAAAGCCAGAGGUCAAGUGGAGAAGUGGUUGCUUGAGUUGGAGAGAACGAUGAUUAAGUCUAUCCACAAGGUCAUUGGAGAGGCAAUUAUGGCCUAUACAAACAAUGCACGAAUUAACUGGGUAAGAGACUGGCCUGGACAAACUGUUCUCUGCGUCUCCCAAAUCUACUGGACUUCCGAAGUACAAACAGCAAUCGCAAAGGGGCAGCUGGCUCUUGAAGAAUACUUAGAUAGAUGUAAUAAACAAAUUGAUGAUAUUGUCACGUUGGUCCGUGGCAAAUUGUCCAAGCAGAAUCGUGUUACUCUGGGUGCCCUUGUGGUACUUGAUGUCCAUGCUAGAGAUGUCCUCACAUCGCUUGUUAAAAAGACAGUUAGUGAUGAGUCUGACUUUGAAUGGUUAAGUCAGCUUAGAUACUAUUGGCAAGAAAAUCAUUUAGAAACAAAGAUGAUCAAUGCUGGUUUGCGAUAUGGAUAUGAAUAUCUGGGUAACUCCCCCCGGCUGGUCAUUACUCCACUCACUGAUAGAUGUUACAGAACCUUAUUUGGAGCACUUCAUCUACACCUUGGGGGAGCACCUGAGGGUCCAGCUGGCACUGGAAAGACUGAAACUACCAAAGACCUAGCAAAAGCUGUUGCUAAACAAUGUGUUGUUUUUAACUGCUCUGAUGGAUUGGAUUAUCUGGCUUUAGGAAAAUUCUUUAAGGGACUGUUAUCUUGUGGAGCCUGGGCUUGCUUUGAUGAGUUUAAUAGAAUUGAUUUGGAAGUACUUUCUGUGGUUGCUCAACAAAUUCUUACUAUCCAAAGAGGUAUUAAUGCAGGUUCUGACAUACUGCUUUUUGAAGGAACUGAACUAAAACUUGACCCAACGUGUGCUGUCUUCAUAACAAUGAACCCUGGGUAUGCUGGCCGGUCAGAGCUGCCAGAUAAUCUGAAGGCUCUCUUCCGGACAGUGGCCAUGAUGGUGCCCGACUAUGCCAUGAUCGCUGAGAUCGUCCUCUACUCCUGCGGCUUCGUCACGGCUCGGCCACUGUCGGUAAAAAUCGUGGCUACAUAUCGCUUGUGUUCAGAGCAGUUGUCAUCUCAGCAUCAUUAUGAUUACGGAAUGAGAGCCGUGAAGUCCGUGCUUACUGCUGCCGGGAAUCUAAAGCUAAAGUACCCAAAUGAAAGUGAAGAAAUUUUGCUACUCAGAUCUAUUAUUGAUGUAAAUCUGCCAAAAUUUUUGGCCCACGAUUUACCACUCUUUGAGGGAAUUACUUCUGAUUUGUUUCCUGGGGUGAAAUUACCUAAACCAGAUUACAAUGAUUUGCUGGCAGCUAUCAAAGACAAUUGUAAUUCCAUGAAUUUGCAAAUGACCAAGUUCUUUUCUGAGAAGAUUCUUCAAAUAUAUGAAAUGAUGAUUGUGCGUCAUGGUUUUAUGAUUGUUGGAGAACCAUUUGGAGGAAAGACCAGUGCAUAUCGGGUCUUAGCUGGGGCACUAAAUGAUUUAUGUGACAAGGGGCUAAUGGAAGAAAACAAAGUUCAGAUUACUGUCUUAAAUCCUAAAUCUGUCACCAUGGGCCAGCUCUAUGGCCAAUUUGAUUUAGUCUCCCACGAGUGGUCUGAUGGGGUCCUUGCUGUCAGUUUUAGAGUAUUUGCUUCGUCACUUUCUCCUGAUAGAAAGUGGUUGGUUUUUGAUGGGCCAGUAGAUGCAGUCUGGAUUGAGAAUAUGAACACUGUCCUGGAUGACAACAAAAAGCUAUGUCUGAUGAGCGGGGAGAUUAUUCAAAUGUCACCACAGAUGAAUCUUAUUUUUGAACCGAUGGAUUUAGAAGUUGCUUCUCCUGCCACUGUGUCCAGAUGUGGUAUGAUUUACAUGGAACCUCACAUGUUAGGCUGGAGACCACUGAUGUUGUCUUGGGUAAAUCUUUUACCUGCUUCAGUCAAUGCUCUUCAAAAGGAAUUUAUUGUAGGCUUAUUUGACAGAAUGGUUCCUGUUUCUGUUGAAUUUAUUAGAAAGCAUACAAAGGAAUUAUCUCCAACUUCAGAUACAAACUUAGUUCGAUCCUUAAUGAAUCUAAUAGACUGUUUUAUGGAUGAUUUUGCGGAUGAAGCCAAAGUAAGAGACAGAAAUGAUCGAGAAACUUACUCUUUACUUGAGGGCAUAUUUUUGUUUUCAUUGAUCUGGUCUGUUGGUGCUUCUUGUAAAGAUGAUGACCGGUUGAAAUUUAGUAAGAUUCUUCGAGAACUAAUGGAAGGUCCAAUUACAGAUAUAACCCGAAAUAGGUUUAAAUUACUCAGUGGUACCGAACAGCUGCCCUCCAAGGCACUAACUGUCCCAUUUCCUGAGAAAGGAACCAUUUACGAUUAUCAGUUUAUUUGUGAGGGAAUAGGAAGGUGGGAGCCAUGGGUAAAGAAAUUAGAAGAUGCCCCUCCAAUUCCUAAAGAUGUGAUGUUUAAUGAAAUCAUUGUCCCAACUUUGGACACAGUUCAAUGCUCUGCAUUAAUGGAAUUACUCACCACUCAUCAAAAGCCUUCAAUAUUUGUAGGACCAACGGGAACUGGAAAGAGUGUUUAUAUUAUUAAUUUUCUUCUAAAUCAACUCAAUAAGGAAAUCUACAAGCCUCUGCUAAUUAACUUCUCAGCACAAACUACGGCAGCUCAAACUCAGAAUAUUAUCAUGUCAAAAUUGGACAAAAGGAGAAAAGGAGUUUUUGGACCUCCUUUGGGCAAGAGAAUGGUAGUGUUUGUAGAUGAUGUCAAUAUGCCUGCCCGGGAGGUAUAUGGGGCUCAACCACCCAUUGAGUUACUUAGGCAAUGGUUAGAUCACUGGAAUUGGUAUGACCUGAAAGAUUGUUCUAUGAUUAAACUAGUGGACAUUCAAAUCAUGUGUGCUAUGGGACCUCCAGGUGGUGGCCGAAAUCCAAUAACUCCUCGAUACAUGCGACAUUUCAAUAUUAUAACCAUCAAUGAUUUUAGUGAUAAAUCCAUGUAUGCAAUCUUCUCUAGAAUAUUGAACUGGCAUUUUAAAAUCUGUUAUAAAUUCCCAGAAGAAUUUCUAGAUUUGACAUCACAGAUUGUCAAUGGUACAAUGAAUCUUUAUAAAGAAGCAAUGAAGAAUCUCUUACCUACUCCAGCUAAAUCUCACUACUUGUUCAACCUCCGUGAUUUCUCUCGGGUUAUUCAGGGUGUUUGUUUGUCAAGACCAGAAACAGCAGAAACCAAAGAAAUAAUUAAACGUCUCUGGGUUCAUGAGGUCCUUAGGGUGUAUUACGAUCGCCUUCUGGAUAAUGCAGACAGAAGUUGGCUUGUCAACUACAUUCAGGAAAUUUUGAAAAAACACAUGAAUGAAGAUUUUCAUGAGCUUUUUCGAAGACUGGAUUUUGAUAAUGAUGGAGUGGUGGCAGAAGAUGACUUGCGCAGUUUAAUGUUCUGUGAUUUUCAUGAUCCCAAGAGGGAGGACACCAACUACAAAGAAGUUGCAAAUGUGGAUGACCUUCGAAUGAUAGUAGAAACUCACCUAGAAGAAUACAAUAAUAUUAGUAAAAAAACCAUGAACCUUGUCUUAUUCCGAUUUGCCAUAGAACACAUCUGCAGAAUCUCCAGGAUCCUGAAGCAACCUCGCAGCCAUGCUCUUCUGGUUGGUGUGGGAGGGAGUGGAAGGCAGUCUGUCACCAGGUUAGCUGCCCACAUGGCUGAUUACUCUGUUUUCCAGGUUGAAAUCUCCAAGGGCUACGGCAGCUCUGAGUGGCAUGAAGAUUUAAAAGUGAUCCUGAGGAAAUGUGCUGAAGGUGAAAUGCAAGGUGUCUUCCUAUUUACAGAUACUCAGAUUAAAAGAGAAUCAUUUCUAGAAGAUGUCAACAAUUUGCUAAAUGCUGGGGAGGUUCCAAAUCUCUUUGCAUUAGAUGAGAAGCAGGAGAUAUGUGAGAAGAUGCGUCAAAUAGAUCGUCAGCGAGAUAAGACCAAACAAACAGAUGGUAGUCCCAUAGCUCUGUUCAACAUGUUUAUUGAUCGCUGCCGCAAUCAACUACACGUGGUCCUCGCCAUGAGUCCCAUUGGAGAUGCGUUCCGGAUUCGCCUUAGAAAGUUCCCAGCUCUUGUUAACUGUUGUACAAUCGACUGGUUCCAGUCAUGGCCUGAAGAUGCACUUCAGGCAGUUGCCUCACGCUUCUUAGAAGACAUUGAGAUGUCAGAUGAAACACGAGACGGCUGUAUCGACAUGUGUAAAAGCUUCCACACUUCUACUAUAAACUUAUCAAAAUCCUUCUACAUUGAACUUCAAAGAUACAAUUAUGUGACUCCUACCUCUUAUCUUGAACUAAUCUCCACCUUCAAGCUGUUAUUAGAAAAAAAAAGAAGUGAGGUCAUGAAAAUGAAGAAGAGGUAUGAAGUGGGUUUGGAUAAACUGGAUUCUGCUGCAUCUCAAGUAGCCACAAUGCAAUCAGAGUUGGAGGCUCUGCAUCCUCAAUUAAAAGUUGCUAGUAAAGAAGUGGAUGAAAUGAUGGUCAUCAUUGAGAGGGAGUCUAUGGAAGUUGCCAAAACUGAAAAAAUAGUAAAAGCUGAUGAAACAAUAGCAAAUGAGCAGGCUAUGGCUGCCAAAGCCAUCAAAGAUGAGUGUGAUGCUGACCUGGCAGGGGCUUUGCCGAUAUUGGAGUCAGCCCUAGCUGCCCUUGAUACUCUUACUGCACAGGACAUCACAGUGGUAAAAUCCAUGAAGAGUCCUCCUGCUGGUGUCAAGCUUGUCAUGGAAGCUAUAUGUAUCUUGAAAGGCAUCAAAGCUGACAAAAUCCCUGACCCAACAGGCUCAGGAAAAAAAGUAGAAGAUUUCUGGGGUCCAGCGAAGAGACUGCUGGGUGACAUGAGAUUUCUACAGUCACUUCAUGAGUAUGACAAGGAUAAUAUCCCUGUAGCUUAUAUGAAUAUCAUAAGAAAAAACUAUAUUCCAAAUCCGGAUUUUGUUCCAGAGAAGAUUAGAAAUGCUUCCACAGCCGCAGAAGGUCUAUGCAAAUGGGUCAUAGCAAUGGAUUCCUAUGAUAAAGUGGCAAAAAUAGUAGCCCCUAAAAAGAUCAAACUAUCUGCAGCUGAAGGGGAGCUUAAAAUUGCCAUGGACAGUCUGAAAAAGAAGCAGGCAGUCCUUUAUGAAGUGCAGGCCAAGCUGGCCAAGCUGCAGGACACACUGGAAUUAAAUAAACAAAAGAAGGCUGAUUUGGAAAAUCAGGUUGACUUGUGCAGCAAAAAACUAGAAAGAGCAGAGCAGUUGAUUGGAGGCCUUGGAGGAGAGAAAACACGAUGGAGCCAAACUGCACUGGAGCUGGGGGAGUUGUACAUUAACUUGACAGGUGAUAUCCUCAUUUCUUCAGGAAUUGUGGCUUACCUGGGAGCCUUCACGUCUAACUAUAGACAGAAUCAAACCAAGGAAUGGGCAGAUCUGUGCAAAGGAAGAGAUAUACCCUGUUCAGAUGAUUAUUCUCUUAUGGGUACCUUAGGAGAAGCUGUGACAAUUCGAGCUUGGAAUAUUGCUGGAUUACCUUCUGACUCAUUUUCCAUUGAUAAUGGGAUCAUCAUUAUGAAUGCAAGAAGGUGGCCUCUGAUGAUAGAUCCUCAAGGUCAGGCUAAUAAAUGGAUCAAGAAUAUGGAAAAAGCCAACAGUCUUCAUGUCAUUAAAUUGAAUGAUCCUGAUUAUGCCAGGACUUUGGAAAAUUGUAUUCAGUUUGGCACUCCAGUGUUACUAGAAAAUAUUGGAGAAGAGCUAGAUCCUAUUCUGGAACCUCUUCUACUAAAACAGACCUUUAAGCAAGGUGGCAGUAUAUGUAUCCGACUUGGGGAUUCUACGAUUGAGUAUGCACCUGACUUCCGCUUCUAUAUUACCACCAAGUUAAGAAAUCCUCAUUAUCUUCCUGAAACAUCAGUAAAGGUAACACUUUUGAACUUCAUGAUAACUUCUGAGGGAAUGCAAGAUCAGCUUCUGGGAAUUGUGGUGGCACGAGAAAGGCCAGACCUUGAAGAAGAAAAGCAAGCUUUGAUAUUACAAGGAGCAGAAAACAAAAGGCAGUUAAAAGAAAUAGAAGACAAGAUUUUAGAAGUUCUUUCAUCUUCAGAAGGCAAUAUAUUGGAAGAUGAAACUGCUAUUAAGAUAUUAUCUUCCUCCAAGGCUUUGGCUGAUGAGAUUUCUCAAAAGCAGGAAGUAGCAGAAGAGACAGAGAAAAAGAUUGAUGCCACCCGCAUGGGCUAUCGCCCCAUCUCCAUCCACUCCACCAUCCUGUUUUUUUCUAUUGCUGAUUUGGCUAACAUCGAGCCGAUGUACCAGUACUCACUGACCUGGUUUAUUAACCUUUUCAUCCUGUCUAUUGAAAAUUCAGAGAAAUCAGAAAUUUUAGCAAAAAGGCUCCAGAUUCUCAAGGAUCACUUCACUUACUCCCUCUAUGUUAAUGUCUGCCGGUCCCUCUUUGAAAAGGAUAAACUGCUGUUUUCCUUUUGUCUCACUGUAAAUCUGCUAAUCCACGAUCAUGCGGUUAAUGCAAAUGAGUGGCGGUUUUUGCUGACUGGUGGCAUUGGACUGGAUAACCCUCAUGCCAAUCCUUGUACAUGGCUUCCUCAAAAAUCUUGGGAUGAAAUAUGUCGACUAGAUGAUUUACCUGCUUUUAAAACCAUUCGUAGGGAGUUUUUGCACCUGAAGGAUGGAUGGAAAAAAGUAUAUGAUAGCUUGGAACCACAUCAUGAGAUUUUCCCUGAUGUUUGGGAAGAGAAAGCAAAUGAGUUUCAAAGGAUGCUUAUCAUUCGCUGCCUGAGGCCAGACAAGGUUAUUCCAAUGAUACAAGAAUUUAUAAUCAACAAAUUGGGACGCAUAUUCAUUGAGCCACCUCCCUUUGAUUUAUCCAAGGCGUUUGGAGAUAGUAACUGCUGUGCACCAUUGAUCUUUGUGCUCUCUCCUGGUGCAGAUCCCAUGGCUGCUCUCCUAAAAUUUGCUGAUGACCAGGGAUAUGGAGGAUCAAAACUUAGCUCUCUAUCUCUUGGUCAAGGCCAAGGGCCCAUAGCAAUGAAGAUGUUAGAAAAAGCUAUCAAGGAAGGAACAUGGGUUGUUCUUCAGAAUUGCCACCUUGCCACCUCUUGGAUGCCAACCCUUGAGAAAGUUUGUGAGGAGUUAAGCCCAGAAACCACACAUCCGGAUUUCCGAAUUUGGUUGACAAGUUACCCAUCUCCGAAUUUCCCCGUAUCCGUGCUGCAAAAUGGAGUGAAAAUGACCAAUGAAGCCCCGAAAGGUUUACGGGCUAAUAUCAUUCGAUCGUACCUCAUGGACCCGAUCUCUGACCCCGAGUUCUUUGGCAGCUGCAAAAAGCCUGAAGAAUUCAAGAAAUUGUUGUAUGGCCUCUGUUUUUUCCAUGCCUUGGUGCAAGAGAGACGGAAAUUUGGACCUCUGGGGUGGAAUAUCCCUUACGAGUUCAAUGAGACUGACCUAAGAAUCAGUGUACAGCAACUCCAAAUGUUCCUCAACCAGUAUGAGGAGCUGCCUUACGAUGCUCUGCGAUACAUGACAGGUGAAUGCAAUUAUGGAGGCAGGGUGACUGACGACUGGGAUCGUCGCACAUUGCGUAGCAUCCUCAACAAAUUCUUCAAUUCAGAAUUAGUGGAAAAUUCAGACUAUAAAUUUGACUCAAGUGGCAUCUAUUUUGUCCCUCCUUCUGGCGAUCACAAAAGCUACAUUGAAUAUACAAAGACUCUGCCGCUGACCCCAUCACCAGAAAUCUUUGGGAUGAAUGCCAAUGCAGAUAUCACCAAGGAUCAGUCAGAAACUCAGCUGCUAUUUGAUAACAUUCUUCUCACACAGUCUCGUUCUGCAGGUGCUGGUGCAAAGUCAUCAGAUGAAGUGGUAAAUGAGGUGGCUGGUGACAUCUUAGGUAAACUUCCAAAAAACUUUGAUGUUGAGGCUGCAAUGAGGAGAUACCCAACAACUUACACUCAGAGUAUGAACACUGUACUUGUCCAAGAGAUGGGUCGUUUCAAUAAGUUACUGCAGACCAUAAGAGAGUCAUGCAUCAACAUUCAAAAGGCAAUCAAGGGUCUUGUAGUGAUGUCUACAGAGCUUGAAGAAGUGGUUAGCAGCGUUCUGAAUGUCAAAAUUCCAGGAAUGUGGAUGGGUAAAUCCUACCCAAGCCUUAAACCGCUUGGCAGCUAUAUCAAUGACUUCCUUGCAAGAUUGAAAUUCUUGCAGCAAUGGUACGAGGUUGGCUCUCCUCCAGUCUUCUGGCUUUCUGGCUUCUUCUUCACGCAAGCCUUUCUGACUGGUGCCCAGCAGAAUUAUGCCAGGAAAUACACCAUUCCCAUUGAUCUACUUGGAUUUGACUAUGAAGUGAUGGAAGACAAAGAAUAUAAGAAUGCUCCCGAAGAUGGUGUUUUCAUUUAUGGAUUGUUUCUGGAUGGAGCUUCCUGGAAUAGAAAGAUCAAGAAACUUGCAGAAUCUCAUCCCAAAAUUCUUUAUGAUACAGUACCUGUGAUGUGGCUAAAGCCCUGUAAGAGAUUAGAUAUACCAGAAAGACCAAGUUAUGUUGCUCCCCUGUACAAGACAAGUGAGCGGAGAGGAACAUUGUCCACCACUGGCCAUUCUACCAACUUUGUGAUCGCCAUGGCGCUUCCCAGUGACCAACCCAAGGAGCACUGGAUCGGACGGGGGGUAGCACUGUUAUGUCAACUGAAUUCAUAACCAGUUGUCAUUUCCCUGUUCCUAUUUCUUCUCAGAGGGCUGAAUAGAAAAGUAUGUUUUACUUUUUAAACUAUAAUUCAACGUGAAUUAUACUCAAUUAUGAAUGUAUUUAUGUGCAAAAGUAGCCUAAAUUUUAAAUAAUUCAUACUUCAGUAUAAGUAAAUGUUCUGAAAUAAAGGCUAAUGA